GCGAAAUCAAUUAAAUGCGAGUUGCUCUCCAAUUCUCAUCCCCGUUGCUUCUGAAACGAAUCGUUCUUCAAAUCUCGGCCAGACAGAAUUCGAUCGUUCCCAAAUAUCGCAGCUAGGCAAAUAAGCAUCCAGCCAUGAAGGCCUCAUUAGCCAUGCCGAUUAUUGUCUCUGUCUCAAUCUUUCUCUUUGCCGUAGAAUCAAAAACCCUCGACCCCUACAAGGUACUUGGGGUGGAUCGCAGCGCAAGUCAACGUGAGAUUCAAAAGGCUUUUCACAAGCUUUCUCUUCAAUAUCAUCCGGAUAAGAACAAAAACAAGGGUGCACAGGAGAAGUUUGCAGAGAUUAAUAAUGCUUAUGAUAUUUUGUCUGACGAGGAGAAAAGGAAAAACUAUGAUCUCUAUGGAGAUGAGAAGGGCUCUUCUGGAUUUGAUCCUGGCAAUUCUGGACAGCAUGGUGGAUAUACCUACUUCACAAGUGGUGGACCAGGGCAGAGUGGUUUUACAUUCAGGCCUGGUGAUUGGCAAAAUAUGGGUGGACAAGGAGGAUCAAAAUCAUUUUCAUUUUCUUUUGGUGGUCCAAGCAGCCAGAGCUCAUUUGGUUUUGGUUUAGAUGAUAUUUUCUCUAAUUUCUUUGGGGGUGAUAGAGGUGGGAACCAUUUUGGAGGUUUUGGUGGUUCAGGCAGGUCCCAAUAUGGUGGAGCUGGAAGUACCCCUAAAAGCAUUCCACCUGUGAACUCACUAGUUUACCAGAAAGAAAUAUCUGAUAAAGGAAUUACCUGGCUUUUGCUAUCAUAUAAAUCCACUUCAAGGGGGAUGCAAUACUAUGAAUCUGUGAUAGGCGAGGUGGCAGCCUCUCUAAAGGGAGCACUGAAGGUUGGAAGUGUCAAUUGUGAUACUGAAACAUCUUUCUGCAAGGAACUUGGUAUACACCCUCACCGUACACCAAGGCUGCUUGUUUAUUCUUACAAAUCAAGUGAAAGUGGUACUCUGGUGGAGUAUAAUAAUGAUUUGGAUGCAAAGAAUUUGAAAAGUUUUUGCCAGGAUCAUUUGCCUAAAUUCUCGAAACGUGUCAACCUGGAUCACUUUGAUUUUGCUUCUGAGACCGUUGGAGUUCUACCAAAAGUUAUGCUUCUCUCAACGAAGAGAGACACUCCUGUUAUCUGGCGUGUUUUGAGUGGCUUGUAUCACAAAUCCUUUGUCUUCUGUGAUGCUGAGGUACAUGAUGUUUCAGAUCCAAUGGUCAGAAGGCUAGGUGUCGACGCUCUUCCUGCCAUAGUUGGUUGGCUAUCAAAUGGAGAGAAGCAUAAUUUGAAAACUGGCAUUUCUGUAAAGGACUUGGAAUCAGCAAUACAAGAUUUAAGUGCUUUGCUGGACAAGUUUGAGAAAAUGAAUGAGAAGGCAGCUACAGCAAAGAGUAAAAAGGAUGGGACAAAACCAGACGAUGGAAAGAUCCCCUUGCUUACACCAUAUAAUUUUGGUGAUAUAUGUGGGCAGGAAACUCCUGUUUGCAUUAUUGGAGCUUUUAGGUCAUCCAAGGCAAGGGACAAUCUGGAACAUAUUUUGCGAAUGGUGUCUCAGAAAUCACUAUCAAGACGGCGAAAUGUAGCAUUUGGCUCAAGGGAUUCAGUUUCCUAUGCCCUUCUGGAUGCUGCAAAGCAGCAAUCCUUUCUAACCGCUUUAGAUAAAUCUGGAUUUAAAUCCGUUGACCAGCUUCUUGUGGCCUACAAGUCACGGAAAGGGAAGUUUGCAACUCUACAAAGUGGCUUGACAACAGAGGAGGCAGAGAAGUUCAUCAGUUCUGUAUUAAAUGGGGAUGUACAGUUCACAAAAAUUAGACAAAAGCCCACAUUAAAAUAGUAAGAGCUUUUUAGGGUGAAAUUGGAUAAUUUUUCAAAGGACUACCGUGUAUAUAUAGGAAGAGUUGGUGCUUCAUCGAUUGGUGAUCCGACAUAGUGGGUAUUCUGCCAUUUUGCUGCUCUCCUCUAUCUUCCCCCCAUUGUGAAGAUGUAAAAAUGAAGAGCACAAAACACACCUGUGAGAGAAGUUCAAUUUCACUGAUAUACAGAAAAUGUAAGGGUUUGUGCUCUGAGCUUUUUAGACCCUCGUAACUGUUAGUCCUAUUGCUGAAAUGUAAUUUUAGCUCUGGAUAGGCAAAUUCUAAAUCAAUGUCUUUGAAUAUAUGCCAGAUCCCUGACUUACUUCUGUACGA